ACGUGGCUGUAUUAACGCUUUGUCAUGACUCGCCUCGACGAACAGAACUGUGUGUAGUAGAUGGUUUAAAGUGGGGAUAGGCACAUGCGCGAUUCCAGUCUUUCCCCGAACCUCGACAAUUCUAGGCACCCAAAGAGCCAGUGCCACUCGAGAGGUUCACGUCGAUGAAUCGCUGCUGGUAGACGGUUAUUAUUCAAAGUUAUUAGUUUGAAAAAGUUUUAAAUUUGAGUUAUCAAAAAUAUGGUAGUGUUGGAAGGCGGCGGAAUGUUGUCAUCUUCAAGUAAUCAAUAUCUUCAACCGGAUUAUUUAUCUCCUUUACCAACAACGUUGGAUGCUAAAAAGAGUCCUUUAGCUCUUUUAGCUCAAACCUGCAGUCAAAUCGGCGCAGAUACACCAUCAAGUAAACCCUUGAUUUCCCCUCUUGAAAAAACAAAGAAGUCAUCUUCCUCAUCUGAUAAUCGUACUUCUCCGGCUUCAGCAAGAGAGAAGACUGAAAAAUCCGCACCUAGGAAUAGCCCAUCUGAGACUAAGUUAGCAUUUAAACCGUACGAGAAUAUAACUACGUCGAAGAAAACGGAAGAUUCCCGUCCUACUUCAAAGUCAAGUGUUCAUAAUUCUGACGCUGGGGAUUCAAAAUCUGAUAGAAAAUCGGCUUCCCCAGCUAAUAGUAACACAACAACUCCCGCUCCGGAAAAUGGAAAGACCACCCCAUCGUCCGACCGCAAAAGUACUACACCGUCGGCAAGAGGAGCCAGUCCGAUCAUAAGAAGUGGAUUAGAAAUCCUUCAAGGACACAAAGAAUCUCCUUUGGGGAGUUACAAACCGGGAUUACCCGGAUUAACCGCUUUACCUGGACCUUUGGGAUCAUUGUGUUGCCCUCCCGGAUUAGAACAUACAAAUCCGGCUUUUAGGCCUCCGUUUCCCGGCGGUCCGUUUUCACAUCAUCAUGCUAUGUUAGGAUAUCCUGGUACAACACCUGGACCUUAUUUGAGUUACGCCCGUGUUAAAACUCCGUCCGGUGGUGAAGCCUUAGUACCAGUGUGCAAAGACCCUUAUUGUGGCGGUUGCCAAUUCAGCUUACAUAAUCAGCUGAUGGCCAGUGGACAGUGUCCUAGUGGUUGUUCUCAGUGUGACCAUCAAAAGUACAAUUUGGCAAUGGCCAUGUCUUUAGUGCCACCGGGUCCAGUUCCGCCAUCAUCACUUUCUUACCCACAACUUGGAAGACCUUACGUUUGUAAUUGGAUCGUAGGAGAUACUUAUUGCGGAAAAAGGUUUGUCUCAUCCGAUGAACUUUUACAACAUUUAAGAACGCACACAAGCGCGUCGGAUGCGGCUUCAGUAGUAGCCACAUCAACAGCUUCUUCUCUACUAAAUCCGCAUUCGUUAUUCUCAUCAUCGGCGUUACACAGAUAUCCGAAUCCGCCGUUAAGCCCACUUUCAGCAGCAAGGUAUCAUCCGUAUGGAAAACCAACGUUACCAUCAACUUUGGGAGCGUCUCCAUACAGCGCUUUCAAUCCGACGGCACUCGGACCUUACUAUUCGCCAUAUUCAGUUUAUGGACAGAGGUUAGGUUCCGCCGCGGUUCAUCCAUAAAUUAAAAUUAAAAACAAAAUUAAACUUGGAUAAAAAUUACCCGUCGGUAAAACGUCGUGAAACGUAAACGUUCUAUACUGUGAUAUUGUAAAUAUUCUCGAAGUUUAAAAAAAAAAUAUUAAAAAAAAUUAAUAAAAAAAAAUCAUUUUAUUAUUAUUAUUAUUGAUUAAAAAUUAAUUAAUUAAAAUUAAUUGAAUAAAAAAAUUGAAAAGUGCAAUUUGACGACCCGCUUUUUGGCAAUAAUCGAACGGUUGAUAAGAAUGAAAGAAAACUGAUUGACGAAGACUCUGAAAAAUGUUCGUUCAAGAAGCCCUACCUUCGAUUCCUUCUUUUUUAUUACUGUCUAUUAUCAAACGUUUAUUAGUUUUUAUUAACUUGUAAGACGAUGUUGAAGUUCAAAAUAUGCUUUAAUAAAAAACAUUUGUAGAAUGAAA